CGAAAACUGCACUUCACAAAAAAAAAAAAAAGAAAAAAAAGAAAGAGCAUAAUAAGUAAAGUAGAGCGCGCUACAAACAAAGUUGGCAGCUGUUCGAAUUAAAACAAAAAAAAAGCAAAGAACAACGCAAACUAACAUGAAAGCCGCAUUGUUUGUGUGAAACUUUUUACUUGCAAGCGAUUGGCAACUGAUAAGGAUUAAGGGAUAACAGUAGUGGAGUCUAGAGAGGGGGAGGUGAGUUGAGUAGUAGAGUCGAGUAUAGUUAGUAGACCACACAAUAAAAUCCUCUCGUGGGCAAUGCAAACAAAAGGCGCAAGCAACAACAACAACAACAGAUUGAGGCAUACAAAAGCGGGUCAAUAAGCUUACAACAACAACUCAGAGAGAGAGAGAGAGAGGAGCAGAAGUUAAAACUCUCAACUUUGUAGUUGUAGUCGCGAAUGCAAUUAAAUUAAAAGAGGAAAUGAGAGCAAGUUGGCAACGUUAAAUUGAAUAAAAGUGAAAAAACCGAAAUAAGAAGAAUGUGGGAAGUGUUGGCAAAUGACUAAAAGUGACGGGGUCACGAAUGCUAAACUGCUGAAGCACAGCACAACUCAACAUAGCAAAGUGACAGUGUUAAGAACACCUCAGCCGCAAAGUGUUGACGUGGAAACAGCAGCAACAAAAGGAUCUAUAAGAACAAGCAACAGCAACAGCAGCAGCAACAACAACUACAACUUCACAACAUGAACUUUGCCUCAUUUCUCUUUUGACUUUCGGGCAGAGAGGAAGAAACAACGAAAAACGUCCAAGCGCACAAAAUGAAGUCAAGUUGAAGUUGAAGUGUUCAUCCGUAGUGUGUGUGUGUGUGUGGUAGUGUGUCACUGUGUCUGUGUGUUAGUGUGUUAGUGAGUGCUCACCCUAAUCAAACGAAAAGCACAAAAUAAAGGCAAAUGGCGUCACGUGCUGACAGCAGCAGAAGCAGCAGCCGAAGCCGAAGCAGUGACUGCGACUGCGGCAACAAGCAAAGCAACGACAACUUUAAUGCCCGAGUGUAUUUAAAUGCAACAACCAACCAACAAACAAUUGUUUAAAGUCGUCGUCGAAGUGAAAUCACAAAUUCAACUAGAGGCCAACCAAUAUUAACUAACGCUGAAUGCCUGCAGAAAUAGUUAUUUUCAAACAUAAACAGACACAACAACAGCGACAGCGGCAGCGGCAGAUAGAAUUGCAAGCAAAACAACAACAAAAUUGCCAUCGAAAUUUAUGCACGACUUUGCCAAGCAGCGGCGUCGACGUCGACGCAAUUGCUGUACGUAACACAAGUAAUGCUGUCGCUGCCCAGGUCGACGUUGACGUCGACGCCGCAGCAGCAGCAACGACAGCAUGGCGAAGAAGAAAAAGCAGCAGCAGCAGCAGCGCCAAAGCGGCGUCAACAUUGCGAACAGUUAUUAUAAUAAUGGCGUUAGUUUUUAGCAUAAUGCAACAGCGGCAACAACAGCAGCAUCAACAACAGCAACAGCAAUGGCUAUUCUAUAAUGGUCUCGUCAUGGCGGUGGCAGGAGAACUCUACAACACAAACAACAGCAGCAACGACAGCAACGACUACUACAAGAACAAAGACAUGUCGCUAAGACAGGCGGAAGACUUUGGCGGUGAUGACGUGUCGACUACUUUGUCUUUGUCUGCCACAGCCUCUGCCUCUGCCACAGUCACUGUGGCUGCGUCGUUGCCACAAACGGAAGCCACGAAUCACACUUUCAAGAGUUUAGCCUUCCUGGCCAACACCAACACCCAAACCAACACUAAUGCCAACAACGUGCUGCUGAGCAGCGGCUAUUCCCCAUCGCCGUAUGCACCGCAUUCACCGCCCGAUGGCUUUGCGGUGGCUUCGCAGGAAACGGAAACGGACUCUGUACAUUCCAUGCCAAUUUUUGACUUUGGCAUGCCGCGCAACAUCACCGGACGCACCGGGCACACGGAGGCCAUAAUUAAAUGCCGCGUCGACAGUCUGCAUGAUAAAUCGGUAUCGUGGAUACGCAAACGAGAUCUACACAUAUUGACUGUCGGCACUGCAACCUACACCUCCGAUAAGAGAUUCCAGGUGACUGAAUCGAAGGACGCCCGCGAAUGGACGCUGCACGUGAAAUCGCCGCAGGCCAAGGACAGCGGCAUUUAUGAAUGCCAGGUGAACACUGAGCCCAAAAUGUCGAUGGCCUUUCAGCUGAAUAUCAUUGAGAUCUCACCCGAUGCCAAGGCCGUCAUUAGUGGACCACACGAUCUGCAUUUCAAGGCGGGCAGCGCCAUUAUCCUCAACUGUGUGGUCAAACAGCCUUCGGUGAAGGACAUUGGGCCCAUCUAUUGGUAUCGUGGCGAGCACAUGAUCACGCCCUUCGACUCUGAUGUGAGUGAUGCCGACAACCAGAUCAAGGAGUCGGGACAAGGACUUCGUAAGGAGCAGUCCACUGACCAAACUGUCGAGCAAUCGCUGAACGAAGUCCUGAGCACAGAGCUGGCCAAGGAUUUUACAACACGCAUUGCGAUGGAGUCACAACUAGGCGAUACACUCAAGUCGAGAUUGCGCAUCUCGAAUGCUCAGACAACGGACACCGGCAACUACACAUGUCAACCGACAACAGCGAGCAGCGCCAGCGUCAUGGUUCAUGUCAUCAAUGAUGAAAAUCCCGCUGCGAUGCAAAAGAGCUCGGCAGGCACUUUGGCUUUGUUUGGCCAACACAUACAAACAAGGAUGUUGAUGCUGUUGCUGUGGCUGCUGCUCUCGGCACUACAAUGGGACAAGUAUUAGCUGGAAAUCGCACUCAUCAUUAGCCGACUUGCAAUGGCAGCAAGAGCAAGAGCAAGCGAGACAGAGGCAUAAGUGAGCAGGAAGGAGAAUGAGCAGCCAAAUUAUGAGCAGUUUGCUUGUUUCCUCCUUUCCCUUUAGCACCGCCCACACAGCAGCUGCUUGAAAUGUGCUUAAAAAUGGUUAAAGGAAAUGUGAGGCAAGGCGCAAGAGAAGCGCGCAAAGGACAAACAAGCAACCAUUAACUGUGCCUGCUUUUCUUUUUCUUUUCUGCUUCGCAUUUUCCCAUUUUCCUUUCAGGCAUCCGCCGUAUUUACAUUUCAUUGUGCAAAUGUGUGCGAAAGAGUGUGCGCGAGGCGCAAAAAGUAAAAGCGAAAGUGAAAGCUUAUAAAAAAUGCAGCAUCUUCUCUCUUCGACAGCCACACAGAACACAGGCGACAUCGUCACCGCAAAGCUGUGGCAACAUCCUCCUGCUCCCCCUCCUUCUCCUCCACCUCCUUUUCGUGCUCACAUUUCAUUAUUGUGCCCACUUUACAGUAAAACAAAAGCCAACAGCAACAGACACUCACAAAAGGUUUUACAAGCAUUUCACGACUUGUCAGUCUACAGUACAGCACAAAAGUUAAUGCACACACACACACACACACACACUCACACUUAUCACACCUCAACACAAGACAACACAACACGACACAAGAAGCAAAUGUAAAGCACACAACGUUAAACAGAAUAGCAGCAGGAGAUUUGUAAUGUGAAACUAAAUGCAUAAAUUAUAGUUAAUAAUAAAUAUAAACUAUACACUAUAAUUGUAGACAAGAAUUUACUAUUCGGUAAGCAUGUAAGCAGAUUUUAGAUAAUGUAUGUGAUGCUAAGAACAACCCAAAAUAAAAAAAAAUAAACAAAAUGCAAAUUAUUUCA